CCAUUCCGAUUAAAAUGUACCGUGGUAAGAUUUUGGGGAGAGGAGGCGGGGGUGGGGUGCAGGGGCCUGCAGGAGGCGGUCUCUGCCUCGCCUGUCUCCACCUUUUAUUUUGACCGGUCCGAUGCCGGCGGGCUCGCACUAGGACCCAGGCGCCAGAGCGCCUCUGUCUGUCCUGUAGGUUCAUUCAAUCUCCCAUACACACAGACCCACAGCGAGCCUGACACACUCACACACACACAACUGCACGCAGCGAGGCUCGGGAAGUCAGGCCAGCUCCUCGCCCCGGCGCUUCCUCGGCUCCAGACGGCGGGGUCUCCCGGGGGCUUCGCGCUCGAGCGGGCCGCUCAGCCCGGGGAGAGGACGAGCUCGGCGGACCCCCUGUCCCUCCAUGGGCAAACGCGGGCGGCCGCGCAAGGAGGCGCGUUGCGAGAGCUCCGGACCGGACCCCUCCGCGCCCCCGGCCGUGCCCCCGGCCUCGGCAGCGCCCCAGCCCCCGGCCCAGCCCGACGAGCCCGCCGGUGCCAAACCCAGGUGCCCCUUCUCGGACAUCUUCAACACCAGCGAGAACUCGAUGGAGAAGCACAUCAACACUUUUCUGCAGAACGUGCAGAUUCUGCUCGAGGCCGCCAGUUACCUGGAGCAGAUCGAGAAAGAAAACAAAAAGUGUGAACAUGGCUACGCCUCAACGUUUCCCUCCAUGCCAAGCCCCCGGCUGCAGCAUUCAAAGCCCCCACGGAGGUUGAGCCGGGCACAGAAACACAGCAGUGGGAGCAGCAACACCAGCACUGCCAACAGGUCUACGCACAAUGAGCUGGAAAAGAAUCGACGAGCUCAUCUGCGCCUGUGUUUAGAACGCUUAAAAGUUCUGAUUCCAUUAGGACCAGACUGCACCAGGCACACAACACUUGGUUUGCUCAACAAAGCCAAAGCACACAUCAAGAAACUUGAAGAAGCUGAAAGGAAGAGCCAGCACCAGCUUGAGAACUUGGAACGAGAACAAAGAUUUUUAAAGCGGCGACUGGAACAGCUGCAGGGUCCGCAGGAGAUGGAACGAAUACGAAUGGACAGCAUUGGCUCAACUAUUUCUUCAGAUCGUUCUGAUUCAGAGCGAGAGGAGAUUGAAGUGGAUGUUGAAAGCACAGAGUUCUCCCAUGGAGAAGUGGACAAUAUCAGUACCACCAGCAUCAGUGACAUUGAUGACCACAGCAGCCUGCAGAGUAUUGGGAGUGAUGAGGGUUACUCCAGUGCCAGUGUCAAACUUUCGUUCACUUCCUAGAACCCAGCAUGACAUAACAGUGCAGGGCAACAUACUCACUGGGCCAAUUCAAUCCAAACGAUCUCUUAAAUUGGGUUCAUGAUGCAGUCUCCUCUUUAAAACAAAACAAAACUAUACUUGAACAAAAGGGUCUCAGAAGACCUGUAUUUAAGCAAAUACAUAGCAAAAAGUGGGGCAGAGCCUCCCCAGCAGAAUACUCAUAAUAUUCAUAUUGGAAAAUCACAAUUUCUAAUGGCAGCGGAAAACUUGUGUGAGAUUUCCUUGAUUUGACUUAGUUGAUUUAAAAGAGGACAUUGGAGAUUCCAUCCUCUCUUUCUUUUCUAGUUUGCUCAUACUGCAUUGAGUAGACAUGUUUAAGGAUGGGUUAUGAGCCCUUCCUGAGCUUUGUGGUCCUAAAAACAAACGAAAUCAAACCUGUAGUAAUGACAAGACAAGAUGAAAUCAGGCAUUAAUCCUGGAUAGCUAAAGAGCUAUUGUCACUCAGCCUGGGACAGCUUAUCAUGAAGCCUGUGGAUGAUCAAUUCUUUAAAAAAAAAAAAAAAAACUCAUUUCAUGCUCUGCAAAAGGAGAGAUUCCCAUGAAGCCUGUUGAAAGGGAUCAUCAUGCAGCUCAGCUUUCUGUUGGAUUCCAUGCUAAGCAAGCUAACCUUAUCCUGCAUUGUUAGCACUAGGGCACCAAACCGCCAGCUCGCCAGCCAGCCAGCCGCCCCUAGGCCCCUUGGGCAGCUUGGAGGCAGUCAGUGCAUGACAGCCUCCACACAAGGCCCGUGAGUACGGAUUGAGGGGCCAGAAGGAAAAAGCUCCACAUGCCUCUGUGUCUGCGUGGGCCAGAAGAGUUUUGCACGCAGAUAAGCAGGCCAAGGUCUGAGCCACGGCAGCAUUUUUAUUUCAGAUUUUGAUAACUGUUUGUAUGUGUUGAAACCAAAAUGACAUCUUUUUAAAAGCUUGUCCAUAAAAAACAUAGAUGUCUUUUAUAGUGGAAAAACACAUGGGGAAAAAUCAUCUAUUUUGAUGCAGCAUUUGAUAAUGAUAAAACACCUCACACCUCACUCUUGUAUAGUGCACAGAAUGAAUGAGGUCUGGGCUAGGUAGAAAAAUGGUCAGUGCUAAUGUUUUUGUUUUCUUUUAGAAUCAUUACCCUUUACCAGCUUUUAACCAUCUGGUAUCUAUAGUAGACUAUCAUAGUUAACAUAGUUAAGUUCAGCACUUGUCUCAUUUUAGUGUAAAGAUUUGCUUCCAUUUUCCUACAGGCAGUCUCUCUCCUUCCUCACAAUCCCACUGUGCAGGUGCUAUUGUUGCUCUUAUGAAUAUUUUCAGAAAUGUUAUUUUCUUUAAAGUGAAAUUUCUAGCCUGCACUUUGAUGUCGUGUGUUUCCUCUGUUUUAAACCCCAAGGUUCCCCUCUUGCCCUCUCCUUUACCCCAGGAAGCCUUCUUGGAGACCUUACCCCUGGCUGUUUGAACUUUGUAUACUUUAAAUAAUUUAACUACCCUUAAUUACUUAAAAAAAAGCUUUAUGAUUUUCGUAACUUAUUGCUGAUUUUAAUGGGUUGUUAAUUUCAGUCCUGUAGUUUUAUUUUAUGUUUUAGGUAGGGCUGGGCAAGAAAAAAGAAAAUAAAGACAACUGUAUUUAGCAGUGCAGUUGAGUUGUGUGUUAAUGUUAGACUAUCCUUUGUAAGUAGCACUUUAACAGCAUUCAUUGCUUCUGUCUAUGAAGUGUACCAUACAUAAGGCCUCAGCAUAUACUUACCUGUUCUUGUGCUCUUCCUGUGCCUCCAGAAAUAUUUUAUCCUUGAUUGUGCUAUGUUUGAGUGGAAGAAUUCUUUGAAGUAGAUGUGUGUGAAAAACUGCAUGCCUUUAGAAGCCCAUUAUUAAAACCUGCUACUUCAGGUGCUAGAGACUUAAUGAGAAACAAUGACAGACAAAUUCAUUUUUGUGGCCCAGGUAAAUUAUUUCUGGUUUCAUUUAUAGUUAACUCCUGGCCAGGUUAAAAUGUUGCUCUGUAUAUUUGCUUAAUUUUGACGUUCCCAAGUGAGACAGUUUGAAGACUGUGCUAACUACCAUGGAAAGUAAAUGGAAGCUGAUCACUAAGCUUCCAUUUUGUUAUUCCCAUGGCAUUCACGUAUGUCAUUUUGCCUAGUGUUGGAAUUUGGGACUUCAUUCAGGUGAACUUGAGGUGCUGUCAUUUUGUUGUACAUGUACAAGGUGGUGGGCUGGAAAGCCUUUGUUGCAAACCUACGGUACGUAUUUCAACUGCCCCCUAAAUUACUCUUUCCCUGGGUUUGUUUUCCUUGGGGAAGGUCGGGGGUGGAUUGUACCAUGAGCAAGAAGUAUUAAUUUUUUAAAAGACAAAUUGACUUUGAAGAUACAACAGUUAACUGCAAGAAAUAAAAAUUGUGAAUGAAGAAUACCCGAGUGCUUUUUGUACCACCCUUCUCUAUGAAGGAAAAAAUUACGGCUGAGGAUCCACACCUUGAGAGGCAACUACCUUAUAAAAGUCUGUGUUGAUACUACAUCAGCAGUCAGGAAUUAAUGGCAGCUUGAAUGGUCAUUUCUGUUUUCUGUUCUACAGUUUAAAUGGGUGCUUACCUUACUGAUAAGUCCUCACAGUCUGACUGCAGAUGGUGUAAUAUCUGAUAAUCUUAACUGCUUCAGGUUAGACACAAAGCUGUUUGUCAUUCUCAUUAUCUGUUCUCCAAAUAACUUUUUAGGGGAUCCCUUUGGCUAUACUAUUCAAAUGCUUUUCAAGUCUAGAAAUUUCCAAUUAGUCCCCACUAACCUGACUUAGGAAACCCUGGUGGCGUAGUGGUUAAGAGUUCGGCUGCUAACCCAGAGGUUGGGUGCUGUUUGGAAACCCUAUGGGGCAGUUCUCUGUCCUCUAGGGUCACUAUGAGUCGGAAUCGACUCGACGGCAGCGGGUUUGGUUUGUUUGUUUUUUAACCUGACUUAGGGUACCCAAUAUAUGUCUAUAAAUGAUACUUAUAUUGAGGAGCUGUGGUGGCUCAGUGGUUAAGUGCUCAGCUACUUAAAUCAGUGCACCAUCAGAGAAGGAUUCUGAUAAAAGCCACUGUGACCUGUAAUUUCUGGUUAGAAUAGGUAUGAGAACUCCUAUAGAAUGCCUUUUCUAAUCCCCAUGGCAAUGACCACUUUUAGCAUUAUGAAGGGAUUUUAAAAGGCAAAGCUCCUAAGACCACACUGCUUCCUGAAAUUGUACAGCCUCUUGGAGAAGGAUUUUUCUGUGUGUGUUUAUUUUCUUUCACUUAAAGAAGCAACUGCAUUUUCCCAUUUUUGUAUUAUCCUUCCACCUCAAAUUCCCAGACUAACCCAACAUACCUACCAAUACCAGCAUAAGGUGGAAAGAAUAAGAAGGGUUUUUGAUCAGAUUUAAAUCCCUUUUCCAACACUGGCUACACUCAGAAGUUACCUAAUUUCUUCAUUGAGCCUGUUUCCUCCUAAAAAAUCGUUAAAAAUACUACCUUUAUCUUGGAAGGUUGCAAGGACUAAAGGUGAUAUGUAUAAAUUACCCCCUCCCCAAAUCAAGGAACUUGUAGCACCAAAAGGAGAUUAAGAGGUAAGUAUUUCUUUCUCUGAUGAAUGCAAUCUUUCAAGUUAUUUUGACUCUGGAUCUUACAAAAAAGGGCUAUUUCUAAAUAUAUAUUAGUUCAUUUAAAAAAAAAAAAUUCCAUG